AUGCCUCUUCAGCUACGACCAGCAGUUCCUGAGGACAUCCCCGGGAUGUGCAAGGUCUACCACUCGGCAUUUGGUGAUACCGUCAUCGGAAGCCGUGUCUUCAACGCCGAUAUUGAGGCCGCGGAUCGUUUCUUCCAAAAUAACUUCUCGGAAGACAUGGCCGACCACAAAUGCGAAUUACUCGUCGUCACACACAAGACUUCCCCGGACUCAAAGGAUGAGCAGGUUGUCUCCAUGGCAAAGUGGAAUCUCCCCGGCGCGCCGAUCCAAGAUGUCCCACCAGCCGAGGCUUGGCCAUCGAAUGGCGAUCUUGCCGUUGAGUUCUUCGGCACCAUGACAGAAGGCCAUCGGAGGUUUAUGGGCGACAGACCGCAUUAUCAUCUUGAGGUUAUCUGCACACACGCAGACUGGCAGGGCAAGGGAGCAGGAGGUCUGCUUCUGCGCUGGGGCGUCGAGCGUGCGGACGCCGAAAGCCUUCCGUGCUUUCUGGAGGCUACACCAAAGGGAAAGCCCAUCUACGAGAAGCUUGGCUUCCAGACAAAAGGCCAGGAUGAGUUUGAGUGGCCUUUCGGAUCGUCUGUGGAGACGUACAUGGAACGUGAUGCAAAGGCUGGAAAACGGGCCAUGACGCAGCCCAGAUCCAAGGAAUUCGCUUAG